AAGCAGCUCUUUCACUUGUGACUAUCCUGGUUCUAACUCCUUUAGUCCUUUAGUCAUUACUCAUUUGCUCAAUGUUAGCUGACUGUUAAUUGGCAGUUGUUCGUUAAAUUUGUUAUUUUCUUCUUCUGCUCUUUAGUUGUUUUUGUAUACUAUCAAAUAAGAUUAAAAAUUAUAAACAUUAUUCUUUGUGACUAGUGUUUUACGAUCAAACCAUUUUACUUGUAUAGAUAAUACUUACUUUCAUAUUAUUGAGUUAUAUUAUCUGCAGUAUUGUUGCAAAUUUAUGUACAUUAAUUUGUUAUAUUGUCCAUUUACACUUAUUAUAAACCUGAAAAGAAGAUGUUCAACUUGCAAAGUGUUAUAGAUAAUUAGUUAUUAGUCUGUACUUUAAAUCAAUAAUGGAAUCGGUACAUUUGGGUCAGAAUACAAAAUCAAAUGUUGUUCAUUGUCCAUUCAACAUAUCCCACACAAUGCCACAGAAAACUCUUUUAUUACAUUUAACAAAAUGCCCAGACAAGAAACCAAAUCAAAGUAUAUGCACUUUUAAUAACCUCCAUGUGGUUCAUUCUUCAUUAAUAAAAGAACAUGAAGAACAGUGUCCAAACCGUUUGAAUUUUGAUCAAAUAUUAUACAAAACCACAGAUGAUAAGAUUGCGAUCACUUAUAAAGGUAAAGUGGAACCUUUUGAAGAUUCAACGUGGGAUGAUGACGAUUCAAACAUCAAUAAAAAAGCUCAAGGUGUUAGCGAAAACACAAUCAUAAACCAGACCGGAUAUUUUAUGAAACCGCAAUUGGGUCUUACAAAGUCAGAGCGCAAGAAAUUUCGUCAGAAAGCUCAACAAACUCUGUCAAAUGUUGACUUAUCAUAUAAUCCUAACUUGAAUAUAAAUGAUAGACAAAAUUCUAAAUCAAAUGCUGGCAAAUUAACUAAUCAAAGUGAUCAAAGUAUGAAUCGUGGAUUAUUUUUUGGAAAGAAACCAAACACUUAAUAUAUUUUUGAAUAUAAUUUAUUUUAUGUAUUGAUUUAUACUAAAUAUUAUUACAAUAUUAAUGUGUUUAUAUUUUUUACUUAAUAAAUUAUAAAUUUUGAAAUUAAGUACAUUAAAGUUGACACAUAUUGUGCCAGGCAUGGAUCCAAAAUUUCUAAUUCAUAAAAGGACCAAGGGGGGGUUUAAAAUUAAAGUAAAUAAUUAUUUAUAAUUAUUUUCAUCAACUUUUUUUUUGAGACUUAAAGAAGAAGGCUUUAUGUAGCUAUGCUAUUAAUGUAUCUAUUUUUUUACUAUUAUUGAUUAGUGAUUACUUAUAGUUAAAAAUAUUUUUUUUUUUGAUAUUAUAACAUAUUACAUUUAAUUGACUGUUGGACUAUUAUUACUGUGAUUCAAUAUUAUUGUAAGAUAUGUCUUAAAAAUAAAAUAUACAAUUUGUCAAGAUA